AAGAACAUGCUUCUUGCAAAGGAUUUCCUUCAUCCCUCUCCAGAAGAGGAGAGGAGGAAACACAAGAAGAAACACCUGGUGCAGAGCCCCAAUUCCUACUUCAUGGAUGUGAAAUGCCCAGGAUGCUAUAAAAUCACCAUGGUCUUUAGCCAUGCGCCAACGGUGGUUUUGGGUGUUGGCUGCCGCACUUUCCUCUGCCAGCCUACAGGAGGAAAAGCAAGGCUUAUGGAAGGAUGGUCCUUCAGGAGAAAGCAGCACUAA